AUCAGACAAGGGAAGAUCUUCUGGAUUGGACAAAGACAGAAGUCAGGGUUCUGACAGGGAGAAGGACAGGGAGUCUGGGUCAAGCUCACAUAAAGCAGCUAUUGUUGAGAGGGACGCCGAAGAAGAGAAGGCAGUGAGGACAGAUCGUAAGACCUCUGCUGUUGGAGCGCGAUCUGUUAGUCUAGAUAAAAUGACCAUUGGUGAGAAAACUGCUGUCGGCAAAAAACAGACAGACCAACAGGAGACACCAAGUGUGUCCUCUAAGGACAAAAGUGAAGGAGUGGGAAAAACAUCCAAGUCUGACAGGAGUGUGUCCAAGGACAGAACAGAGAAGAGUGUCCCCUCAGGAGAGAAACCAGCUGCCACUCAGAAAGAAGGAAAAGAUGGCGACGGGUCUGCUGUGAAGAGCAAGCCUAGAAUCAGCCGAAAGGUUUUGAGUCAGACUGUGACAACAAGUCAGACAACAAGACCAACCCAAGAGCAACUCAUUCAGCUGCCUCCACCUUCCAAAUGGGAGAGAGAGGACGACGAAGACUGGCAAGAAAGUGUAGAUAGUGCCCACAAGGAACCUUCCCCUCCGCCUCAGAGGAGCCGAGGCAAGGAGUCACAGAGUGAGGCACCUAAACUUGUACGGGAUUCUGUGAGGGUGGAUAAAAAAGUAGUGAAAGAGGAGAAAAAAGUGAAGCCAACCAAGGAAGAGGGUAAGGGUAACAGAGCAUCACAGUCAAAUGUGGAGAAACCUUCUAAACCGAAAAUUGUUAGGGAGGAAAGCAGAGGACUUAGGGAUGAGGGAAAACCAAGUGCCAGAGAGGAGUCUAGAGGAGGAGGAAGAGAUGAAGCUCAAGGAGCAACGGGGAAGGAGGAAAGAUCAGCAGAGGGACGAACAGGGAGCAGCAGAGAUGAGAGUCGUGGCCCAGAGCCUCGGAGACAGCGGUUGUGUUCAGAUCUUGGUCGAGAGACUGACGAGGCGGCUUUCGUGCCAGACUACAGCGAAGGAGAGGGGUCUGAUCUAGACAGAGGGGGCAGUGCCAGUCCCAGCGGGUCCAAUAGCCAUCCCUCCCGCAGCCCCAGCCUGAGUAACACCAGUGACACAGCAGACAAGAAAAAGAAGAAACACAAGAAACAUAAAAAACACAAGAAGCACAAGAAACAUGGCAGUCAAGAAAAGGGUGAACACAAGGAGCAUAAGCACAAACACAAGAAGAAGAAACACAAAAAGAACAAAGACAAAGAUGGGGAGGAAGAGGAAGGGAAGUCAGAGAAAGCAGAAGAAGAAGUCCCUUGCUAACAGGAGUGAAUCGAACUUUUGUUGGGCUGAAACCUUUACAGGCUCGCCUUCGUGAUGCAGAGUUUAUAUGAAAACUGAAAACUGCUCUGUUGUCCAUAUUUACUCAAACUGCAGCCAAUCAAAUCAUGAUUUUGAGGGUUGAGGAUGCCAUAUUCAAAGGAAGCUUAUGGACUACAGUAGAUCUCUGGGUCGCGGCUGUUAUUUUGCAUCCAAACAAUGUGGGUGCCGCAUCUCAAUACUUCAGCAGUACGCCCCCUGUCUUUAUUACAGGAUCAGCAGCACGGGCUUCAUGUCCAACUGGACACACAUUGUUCUGCUAACUUCAGAUAGCUUCUUCUAGCACUGAGCGUUCAGUGACUGUGUAAAAUGUAUAUUUGAGUCAACUCUGUAGAUGAAUUAGAAUGGAGUGGCCCAUGAUUGAAUUGGAGAAUUUCUCACGUUUUGAGGAAUUGUAUACGUAUUAGUUCCUUUUUUUAAUUAAAGUGUUUUGACUUGAUGUUGAUGUCUGGAGUUUUAUUAGCUCGCCUGCACUGCUGUUCAACAUCACAUGGGCUUCAAGCCAUUCCUGAAGCUUGUAGUGGUAGCAGUACAAGGCGAUGAUGUACUUUGUCUGGGGAAACAAAAAUUUGUUUUCCCUAAAAGUCCCUAAAAACAUUACCUGUGUCUUGAGGUUAAUUGCUGACUGAGGUUCUGUUUGUUCAAAUCAAUUGGAAAGCUAGCUUCUCUUCCAGCUCCAUGUUUAGCCUCGGUUGCUGAUGAUCUCACACCCAAGGACAAGUAUGUUCUUCACUACCAUGGUGCCCAAGCAGGCGUAACUUCUUUAGUCUUGGACAGACGUAUAAAAUACAUCCAGUAAUAAAGGACCAGACGUGACGGCUUUACAGAAAGCCCUAGUUCUAAUUUUACCCUUUUCUGAAAAAAUGUCGUUGGUUAUUAUUUCAUGGCCAACAUUAUUUACAUUAGUUAAAUGUGUGUGAAAAACUGAGCCAACUUACUGUUGGAAUCUGACUUUGGCUUUUUAUUUGUGAUUAUUAGUACUUAACAUCAAGUACUACAAAGGCAUCAACACGUCCACUCAAGCCUUGAAUAGAUGGAAAAUGUGGUUUGGUAAAGGUACUGAUGAAUGUGUAAAUUUGAUUUUCUUCUUUUGUUAACAAGUAGAUGUUUGGGUUUUUUUUGCUGCUUUGUGGAGCCUGUUUUCUUCCUUUCUACUGUCAAGUUCUGUUAAAGCUGCUCAGAGUAAUUUCCGAUCCAUAUAUUUGGGCCAAUAUACUGUAGAUAUGUUUGUUGAGCUAAAAAAAAAGGGGUUAAAGGCUGGCUUUUUUGCGAGCUUGUGUUUAUUGUUAAAAUUUCACCAUAUGUGAAACCCUGUAGAAUCCGCAACUGAGUUGGUAUAUAAUGUAAAAAUGUUUUUACAGCACUUGCAGUGCUGAGAGAAAAAAAUAAAUAAAACAUUGCAAUGUAAA